AUGGAGGAGCCCCUUGGAAUGGCUGGCAUGCUGGGUCAGUAUGUGCGUCCCGCACUGGUGUUGAUUUGCGCAAUGCUGGUUUUCAAUCUACCGAUUGUUAUCUACAAGAUUGGGCUUUUGAAGUCGACAAUUUUGUACCUUCUUUUCUGUAACGAUAAGAAGUGGAAAAGGACGUCUGAUCCAGGUGCUGUUUUCGGUCCACAUAUUUCUGCGGGAAAGCCAAUAGAGAGGAAGAAAAUCUACUUCGUCCGUCACGGAGAGUCUACUUGGAAUGAUACUUUCAACAAGGGAAAUCAUCGUUCCACAGCGGUUUUUAUUUUGGGGUUCCUCCCUGGAGUUGUAAAGGCUGUGCUGUUUGAGAUCUAUCUUGUACUCAGUGGGAAGAUGGACAGUUGGUUUUAUGAUUCACCCUUGUCUCAGGUUGGCCUGAAGCAAGUCGAAGAAUUGGCGGUCUUUAUGGAAAGGGAUCCACCGGAAACUGACGAGGAGAUCAUCAAAAUUUUGAGAGCUGAUCCAGGGGCAAAGCCCAGCAAAUUUGUUUGUAGCAAUCUUCGCCGUGCAAUCUCGACUCUUGCUGGUGGGUUCAGGGAAAGACUUGGAAGAAGAAAAGUGGACAAAAUUCUGGUUCUACCUUGCUUGCAGGAAAUGAGUCGAAACCCUGAUGCCCAGUCGAUUACACCGGCUCAUACUCCUAUUCAAGCUAGUUGGAUGGAAAAGGGUUCCAAAGUGUGCAACUUUGACGAUAUUCUGAGGAAGCACGUGGAUACGAGUCUUCACACGGGAAACAAGCCCAUUCGUGGCUCUGGAUAUGAUCGAAUGAUCCAGUUUUGCAAGUUUGUCUUUUCCAAUGCAGUUAGGGAAGAACACGUGAUUGCCGGUGGGCAUAGCCUGUACUUCAAAAGCUUCUUUCAGUGCUUCCUUCCGGCCAGUGUGGACCAUGUUGCGAAAAACAAAAAGAUUAAGAAUGGUGGGGUUGUCUGUUUCGAGCUGAUGAAAGCAAAGACUCAGUAUGGUGACCAAUUCAUGAUCGACCCAGCGUCUGUCCGUGUAAUCUACUUGGGUUUUUGA